ACGAAGAAGAAAUCGGGGUGACGUAGGCGGAACUAUAUUUCUGUGCUGCUCAUUAUGUUAGCGCAUUUCGUGUUUACUUUCACGAUAGAUGUCUCUACUUAUUAAAGCACGAAGUGAUUUCAGGAUAUCUGUCAAAGUCUGUCUGAAUACUGUUAUAGUUCUGCCUUUGUGAUGGCUGGGGGCUCAAACAGAUGCUUGUUUCUUAGAAUUAUGACUUAGAAAUAUGAGUGGACAGUCUUCAGCCUGUCUGAAAUGAUGUUCGGUCGUAUGACGUCAGUAUGGUUCUGGUUCGGAUCAGAUCGGCCCGGGUUCUGUGUGGGGACAUGUGGUCUGAUAACACUUAUGCUGCUGAUGUAUGUGGGGGGCAUCCAGGCCAGUCUGAGUGUAGGUCCAGGUGGAGAGUUCCCAAGGAUCAGAGGUAACUGUGCUCUCUCUGUGAUGACAGAUGUUAUAUUUUAGUGAUAGGAUGUCAGAUCAGUGUAAUAACAGACUUUUCUCUCCUCUCCUCAGAUGUGUUCCUGUAUGCUUUCAGCCAUGAUGACUCGCCCUCUCUGAUGGUCAGUGUUGUUUUCCUGCUGGGGGUCGGACCCUGCCAGGAGCGUCGUUGGGGAACCCUUGCCUUCCUCUCCCUCUCCAUCCUCACACUCUUCUUAUUACCUUUCAUUUACACCCUGGUCCUCUUCAUUGGCGUGGGUGAUGCGAGUCGGAUCUGUGGGUACUCUGCCAUCCAGCUUGCUCUGUUUACAGCUCAGUGCCGACAGGUGGCACAGAGGAGGCUGCUGAGGUGUUUACCUGUCUGGUUUCUCCCCUGGCUCCUCUUGCUGAUUGGUUUGCUGCUGCUGCCUGGGACACCUGCCCUGCUUCACUUCUGCACUAUUUGCAUUGGACACAACUGUAUCCUUUCCUAUUGGAUUAACAAUCUUAUCUGGAAGCAUGUUUAUUUUUCAACAGUGCUUGGACAAGUGGCCCAAAUAAGUACACGGUAAAACUUUAAAAAGCGGAAUCUGCAGUCACUGAAGACAAGUGACGACCUUUUUACAAUUAAAGUAUGUCGAUAUAGAUAUAUAUCAUGAUAAAAAAAUAAAUUUAACAGUGCUUAUUGGUAGCAUGUCUUUUGCAAUACAAUAAGCUACUGCAUCUGUGAGGUCUUUUGCGUUGUGCAUGCUCUGCUGCAUGACACUGCUUCAGGUGGUGAAAAAGAUUUGAGGUAUUCCUUGACUUUGCAAGAACAUGUUCUCGACAUAAUUUGCAGUCCACAUUACUCUGCUUCAUGUCCGACCUCAAAAAACAAAAUACUUCUACACCAUCGACAUUUUUGUACCAGUGUUGUCGAUGAUGUCGUCAUCUGUUGAGCCUUCAUCUACAUUUCUGUCAGGAGUAGCACUCAUUUUCUUUUUUUUUUUCACCAACAGUGCUAUCAGCUUCAUUUGUUAAAGUGUUAUGGUUGCGUGUAGCUGCAGCCUGCUACUACGCAGUUGUUGCUACUUGGUUCUAAUUCAGAUUGGAGCAACUCCCCUUUUUACUGGCUAUUCAUAUAGUCUACCAAAACAUGGCAGAAUGUCGCCUAUUGAAAAGGAUAUUGACCAUGUUUUAUAUUGAUAUUGAGGGAAAUUAAUUUUCAAUAUGUAUCAUUAUCGUUUUAUCACCCAGCCCUAAUUUAAAGGUACGAAAAGAAUGUUUUUAUGUUUGUAUGUUGCACAGGGUAAAUCUCUCCUUUCAGGUUUGUAGUAAAGCAUCUUCCUUUAUGAAUAUAACAAAUGUUCAGAAAUCAAGUUGUGUUUUUUAAGAUCCUUAAUCAUCCUCUCAGAUCAUCAGCCAUUCAUCGUGACGUUACAGGAGUUAGAGGGGUUCAGGGUCUUGGACCGCAUCCCUAAUUGGGCAUAUAUUUCAGUAUCAUCCGGGCUAAGAUUACCCACUUAUUCUACCUCAAAGAGGUGCAGUGAGUUUUGUUUCUAUCUAAAUAUUCACUCGAACCAGUUGCAUGCAUGAUAGUGGUUGAUUUUGUAAUUUAACUUCAUCUUUCGUCACACAUCUAGAUCGUGCCCUCGGAUGGUGUCUGUAGACCAGGCUGCAGCUCCUCCUGUGAGAGAUCCCUCUUUUUUUAAUCACCACCCACAUGAGUAUCCUGCGCCUGCCUGGGCAAUGGCAGAGUCUGCUGCACAAUCCGAGGCUGAUGUGUUGGAGGAGCAGAUGCUGAGAGCAGGAAUACUGGCCUCAUUACAGGAUGCACCUGACAAUCCUGAUGCGAAAGUGGAGGUCCCUAAAUCAUCCGUGUCUUCUCUGCGGUUUGUAAUAAUUUAAUCAAAGUUUUCCCAUACUUUCCCAUGUCCUGUAUUUAAGAGUUUUGGUUGAUAAUACUUUACUUGACUGAAAGUGUCCCCUCUUUUAGACUGCAGCAGUUGGAGAAGAUGGGCUUCCCUACAGAGAAGGCUGUAGUGGCAUUGGCAGCCUCCAAACAGCUAGAUGGCGCCAUUUCUCUGCUCAUUGAUGACAGCAUUGGAGAACAGGCUGUAGUGAUAUCUAAAGGAAAGACGCCACAGCCGCCUCAGAGUACAUAGUUGGCAUCACAGCCAUGGAUCGGAGGACUGUUUGCAGUACACUGGAGAUAAUGCUUGGGUUUUGCUGAGCGUCAAUGUAAGACUUUCCCUGUGGGCUUCUUUUACAAGUAUUUAAAUCAUCAAGUGUGAAGACAGGCUGAAAUACAUCAUUUUUUUUCUGUAUCAUUAGAUGUACACCAGAGAGGAGGGAUGACAUUACAAAUGAAAAAAGACACCAUGUAAAAAAACAGUGAACAUCAUUUUAUUACAUUAAUUAUUGAGACAGGAUUAUCUUACCACAAUAACACAUUUGCACAAAAAAGCUUGAAAUAUGAAUGGUUACACAACAGCAUACAAAAUAAACUAACAAUGAUGACUUUUAAAUAGUUUCACAAUACGUUUGAUAUAAGAUGAAAAAACACACGUCAAGUCUUUUCAUCAGGACAGUUUAAGCAGUUUACCAGCACAGCAGUGGUAAAAUAUGUUCAAGUUCCCGUAACAGGUUGGUUAUUUCCUCUGAGUGUGUGUGUUGACAAUCUAAAAAUGGACAGUCAGCUGGCACAAGAGUUGUUUUGUUUGUUUGUACAUAUGAUUUUUAAUGUUCACAUUCAACCAAUUUUCAUAUGUUUGUGCUUUUUUUGCCGCACAGAGUAAAUGUAAAUAUACCUAAGUCUAGUAAAUCACUUUAUCAUUGUGUAUUUUAAGGGGGAAACACUUCCAUCAGAAAACUACUUACACUGGUAGCAACACAUAUCUCAGUAAACGUGGAGAUGACUUCAUCUUCUUAGUGCACUACGUAACAUUGAGUUAAACAAUAUGAUAAAGGUAUAACAAAAAUGAAUACUACGAGGAGAGGUUUGUUUGUGUACUUGUAUCCUGCAAACUGUACAUGCACAAUAUAUUUAAAUAGUGGAAUUUCUUCAGAUUGAAGUUACAUACAAUGUGAAAGCAAUACAAACUAAAAUCCAGUCUGUCUCCACACAUCUGAUUCCUCCUUCAAUUGAUUACUCUAAAAGACCCUUAUUAUCCAGAGCUGUUUGAGACUCGAGGAGCACCAUAGAAGAUUCAGAUUUUCCUUUUUUUUCGCACAUGAACAUUUUUAAUUUGAGAAUACAGCGCUGUGGCCAAAUAACUGAGACACAAAAGGAGCUGCUGAGUGUUUUGUUUAAGUGUUCAGUUAAAGCGAUGAGUGGGGGGGUCAAACUAGUUCUCGGGGUCCUGGGGAGGAGGAUUGUGGAGUAUCAGUGGAGUUUCCCUGAGGUGUCCCCCAUCCUAAAUCUGACAGUCAAGCCUAGAAAAGUUGUCAGAGAAGGUCUUAAUCUGUCGAGUACUGAUGAGCGCUUUAGGGGGGGGAGUCAACCCAGCCUGUGAUCCUCAGAGUGAGCGGAGAAGGGGAAAGGGGGGAGCUACUUCCCUCGAACCUUGGUGUCGGAGGACAGGGGAGAAGCGAGUCGAUAUGGAAGUGCACCUGCUCGCUUAUCUCUGUAGAAACUAGGGGAGGCUGUGCCAAACGGUCCGUCCCCAGACCCUAGAUCAGGCUCUGUUGAAGAGAGACAGCAGUUGGAACGGGGCCUCCCUGUCCAUCACUCUGUGUGUGUGUGUGUGUGUGUGUGUGUCUUAACAUAGUGAUGUAGCGGCUGACCUGGAGGCUGCCCCACUUUCUCUGUUAUAAUCUUAAUAAACCACCACUGAGUGAGAAUGUAAAAGAAUUGAUCAGACCUGUCAGUGUUUGAUUCGGUGCGCUAGAAGGGCUGCAAUGAUCAAUUUCAGUUGUCUUGUGUACAAAAAUGUCAUUAGAUAGGUGCACCUGUCAGGUCCAAUAAAGUGGAAUUUUGAUGCAUGCCCAAAUGCACACUUUGGUGCAGCAAAAAUAGACGAUUAGCAUAUUUUCAUCUUAGCAAUUAAUUAAAAUAGUCUGUUGAUAAUUUGUCUCAUGAUAUGGAUCUGUUUUGCAGCCCUUCUAGCAGGACUUUCAUACUAAACAUCCAUUAAACAUCCAUUAACCCAACAAAGCAUCUCAGUAUGUUCUUAAUGACAACAAUUAAAGCUUUAAAAAAAAUUAGGUGUCAUUUAUUAAAUCAGUUUAAUACCUUAUACAACCCCAUUAAAAAGAUGGAACUAUCCCUUUAAGUUAAUUACAAGUUGAAACACCAAAAGUGAGCGAUUUAAGUGAGUGCAGCUGCAGAGUUUGACAUGAUUCGAUCAACAAUUAUUGAAUUAUCACAGACCAAAUUUAUUUCAAUGUUGCUGAUUUGGUUGAAGUGUUGUGAUUACAUGUUUCCUUUAAUAACUGAACUUAUAAAGAUUAGCAAGAGCCCAGAAAAAAAUACACAUAUCAGGAAAUAACUUGUGAAAUAAGUGAAAAUGUCCAAGCUUUGGCAAAAUAGAUCGACCAUGUUUGCCACAGCCAGAAGCAUUUAUGGGUAAAUAUGUAUUCAUGAAUAUAGUGCUGCUGUCAUCAUAUUAUACAGUUCACAUUUCUAAAGUGUGGGGAUCAAAAUCUAACAGUGACAAGUGUAAAUCAGUAUUUGAAAGCUUCUUAAACUCUAUCAGCACUUUCUAGAUCUUGUCGAAAAGGUGAGUGAGGGCCUUCAGAGCUAAGGGUGAGGAAGUCUCAGUGUUACCUGGCCAGAUGAUCGCCUCCAGCAGCGUCACCCUGCGAGCCAGAAGCUCAAGGUCUGCCUGCAAGUCGUGGAACAUCUGCAAGCUAAUGUCCUAUCAGAGAGCAGUGACAGGGGGGGAGGGGGACUUUGUGAGGGGUUGGAAACACCAGCCUGAGUCCUGGGGCUGCUCGUGACUGUACAGGAGUGGGAGUUUAAGACCACCUACCCCCACCUUUAACCCCCUGCCUAAAGCUGACCCUGCCUCAGGCCUCCUACUCACCAUGAAUACCGAUCAUAGUCUCGAGGAUUAAAACCCUCUCGGCUAAGAUCUUCAGCGCCUCUCUGAUCUGAUGUAUCCCGUCCCCCUGUGAAGAUAGAUACAGCCGUCAAGGUAAGGAGCACAAGCCAGAGAAUCGCACGCCAAGAUGCAAGUCAUUUUCUCUUCUGUCAAUACACUUCAGGAGUUAGAAGGUUAAAAACAAUCCACAGAUCUGCCCAGCGCUCUCAGACAUAUCUUCCUCCUGUAUGUCUCUGUUUCUCCUUCAAUCUCUGACCAUGCUGCUAGACGGAGUCAGUCUCUGCCAUGCUGGGCUGGGCAGCAUCAGCAUGCACAUCACAAUCAGGCCUCACAUUGAGGACAUAACACAGCUGGGUUUAAUAAUUAAUGUCCGCAGAUUGAUCAACUAAAUCAUGCCGUCUGCAUUCCUGUUGUCGGGUUGCAGUGAAGCUAGGCGAGUGUUUCUUUAACAGAACCACAGCUUUCACUCUAAGUUACCCAUGAAAGGCAGCUACUGCAGACUGAGAGGUAGUUUUUUUAAGACUCCUAGAUCAUACCUUAAAAAAUGACGAAAGGAGUUAAAAAGAGAAGUAAGCAGACCAUCACAUAAUACAACAUGCAGGGGAAAGCAGAAGCUUUGAUGCCGGGGCGAGUUACUCCCACUUUUUUAGGUUCUCAUUAGUAAGUCAAACAAAGGACAUAGUUGAUGAUUGAUGAAAUAAGGCAAAGUUUCCCUCCGUCGUGAAAAAACUCUUUAUUUUUAGCCAUGCAAGCCACAACUACGCUGUUACACACUCAUGUCCAGAGCAUGGAUUCCCUGACUUCUUAUAUUUGGCACAUCAGCAAAAUCCGUAUCUGAGCGUAUCAAAGUUGCUGAUUUUUAAUUAGAAAAAUUUUGGCAUGCUGAGAAUCUAAACUUAAAAGAUGAAGUCAGUGAGCGUAUCUGCAAAAAUCUGCAAGCGAACAGUCAUUUCGAACAUAAACGCUGACGUUACAGAAAGGCGAGCAUGACUCUCAAUCUCUCGAGUCUUAAUUGAAGAGAACGAAUCCAUUAACGGAGGAGGUACUUUGCCUUUUUUUCUGUCUCAUCAUCACUGUUAUGUCACUAUUUAGAAACUUCUGUAAUUGUUUUUUUUGCAUUUAGGAAAGAAAGUUUUCAUGGUGCAGUGCUCGAAAAAGAAAAUCAUGCAAAGUUGUGGGACAGAGGGGGAUAGCUGUAUCCACUCCACUCACAUCAUAGCACAAUAUCCUAAACCCAACACAACCCC